AUGACAUUGACCAAAGAACUCCCAGCGCCAAAAGGUAAACAAGCCAACAGUAGCAAACAGCGAGGAGUGGUAGGGACUAGGCUGUCUACCGAGCGUAGGCUUAUCUUUGAUCUCCUGGAAAGAUAUACUGGAAGCAAGGUCCUCGAAAGCGGCGACGAACUGGAGGAGGACGAUUCCAAAGAAAUGGACGACGACGUGAAUGCAUUGCUGGUAGUAACACCAUGCUUUGACAAGCCUCAGGACAGGCAGACCAAGAUGUAUGUUCUCUUGAAGCCAGAAAACGGCAUCUGUAGUCUGUACAGCGCCUCCGAACCUGAAGACGAAGCGAAGCAUUUUGUUGCGGAGAUUGUGAUAUUGUUGAGUGUUGCACGCCAUAAUGGGUUCAAUGGGCUCAAGGCCACAACCGAUGUCCUUAAAGUCCUCCACGACGACAACAUUGCUCACGGCAAGGCAUUGAGAAACCAGCUUAGCAAUGAUAUGGUCCCAGAAUCACCAGUCCAGCUGUGGCAGCUACAUGGAGAUACUGCUGAUACAGAAUCUGCGCGACGACUCUAUGACUCGUGGUGCAUAUUUAUAACACACCACUAUGCCGAGGCUGUCGAUUUGACGACUCGUUGGCUACAGCAUAUCAUUGAAAUGCUAGAGACAGUUGUGGGCAAGAAAGAAAACCCCAGGGACGACGGCAAGGAGGAGGGCCAGGGUGACAAGGCCAAGUCGGGCUAA